ACCUCUCCUCGCCUUGCUCUCUCCGCAUUAUAAUAUCAUCAACCUCUCCUCUCUGCACUCACAAUUGCCACGGCUAUCUACUCCUGGCGAUAACCACAACCUCGCUCUCUCUCUACCACCCCUCAGAGUCAGAGUCAGAGUCAGAGUCAUCGGCUGCGAGGAUAUCUGCAGGAACAUCCCCAAAGGUCAGUCACCCUCAGUCCAGCGCUCUCCUUCCGUUCACUGGCUGCACAAGAAGCCUAGUCGCAUCCCAGCUUGUGUCGCGCUACCUCGGCUUCACUUCAAUCAGUAAACAUUGGGCUGCGAGCUACCUUUCGCGCAACUGGCGCAUCGGCGCAUCCUGUCAGCUUCAGCUUAUCAUCGUCAGAACAUAUAGCUGACCCUCUGCUACAAGGACAUUAGAACCACCCCCUAGUACUCGGCACGAUGUCAGUCAAAUUCGAGAAGGAUACGAUCAAGCAGACCGGCGGUGCUGCCGCCGCACUGCCCACCAUGAAGUCGGCAAAGCACGAAUUGGCGGAUGAGAUCGGUACAGCGUUGACCGGAGGAAAGAGCAGCGUUGGACAGAAGGGCUAUUUGGCGGCAUACCUCAAGCAGCUUCAGACGAAUCCCCUCCGCACAAAGAUGUUGACGUCCGGCACAUUGUCUGCGUUGCAAGAACUCCUCGCAUCCUGGAUCGCGAAGGAUAUCACAAAGAGUGGGGGUUACUUCUCUUCCCGAGUGCCCAAGAUGGCAGCAUACGGAGCUUUCAUCAGUGCACCAUUGGGCCAUGUCCUGAUUAGCAUACUCCAGAAGAUCUUCGCCGGCCGGACGAGUUUGAAGGCGAAGAUUCUCCAGAUUGUGUGCAGCAAUUUGCUCAUUGCACCAAUCCAGAACAGUGUCUACCUGAUCUCAAUGGCCAUUAUUGCCGGCGCUAAGACUUUCCACCAAGUCCAUGCGACCUGGAGAGCAGGUUUCAUGCCUGUCAUGAAAGUCAGCUGGGUCUCAUCGCCAUUGGCGUUGGCCUUUGCACAGAAAUUCCUUCCUGAGCACACCUGGGUUCCCUUCUUCAACAUUAUUUCAUUCUUCAUCGGCACCUAUGUCAACUCUGUUACCAAGAAAAAGCGCCUUGCCGCUCUUCGCAAGAGACAUUUCGACGAGAACAGAAGACCGGAUGAGGGGUAUGGAGGACCAAAGUACUAGGAUUGGAGUAAGACUGGAUGGAUUUAUUCGAAUACGCGGCAAUUUUUCCAGGCCUUCCUAAUGCAGCUACCCAUCGGUGAUCUAGGCUUCACUUGUACGACAAAGCUUGGAUCGAUCACAAAAUGACAGGUUUCGUCCUCGAGGACCACCAUCUGUGUCCAGGUGUUCUGCUUGUCCUAGAGGGGAUACAAUUGACACGAAUAUUGGAAAGGUUGCGGUUAUCCUCUUCAGUGGUUAUUUAUUGGUUAUAUCAUGUUACAUAUGCACUUUAUACGGCCGCAUGUUUGCCUUGUACGCGGACACGUGAGGUUACACCCUUCCCGACGUUGAGCUGUGCGUGCGCUUCCAUUUCACACGAAUGCGUGCAAGUGACAGCGGAAGGGAUUCAACAUGGUAUCAUUCUAGCAACAAAG